UUAGAACGUACGCCUUUAUUUAUAAUAGUGAUAUAUACUCUGUUAAAGAAAUACAGUGCCUCAUACGAAAGUUCAGACACCUUGCACGACAUUGAGGACAAAUUUGUUACCCUUAGACCAGGACGAUCGUGAUUCUUUUUGCACACCUUUCCAUCAAUUUUCCGUUAUUGUUUAUUAAAAAUAAUUCAAAUGUUUUGAAAAUUAGUAUUUGUACUGAAAUGAAUUAUUUUUAAUUUUUAAUUGAAAUAUUCACUUAUAGCUCUCUUUUACAAAAAGUUCAAUUGUAAAAAUACUUGUACUUUUUUUAAAAUGUGAGUGUUUAGAGUAACAUUAUUUGAAAUUCAUUUAAUUUAGAAGCAUCAGUAAUGUGUUACUCGGUGUCAAUUUUCAUAAAUAAGGCAAUUCUAUUCUUUAUUACACUAAAAGAAUGACAGAGCCCCAACAACUACGGGAAUUAUCUCUAGGGAUAUUUUUAAGGAAAGUCCUAUAGCUCUUAAAAGAUAGCUACACAAAGGAGAUUUCCCGUUAUGCAGAUAACAUUAAAAUAUUUUUUUAUAAUCAUUGACUCGCAAUGAAAGACGGCCCCAACCUUAUCGCCGGCAAUUUAUUCGCCAAAAAAAAUUACGGCGAUUAAGCUCGACAGUGAGCAUAGGUAAACAAUUUUCCCAAAAAAAAAUAAGAAUCUUUCUAGGAGAGAUGGUUUACAUAAAAAUAUAUAUUGGGCCAAGGAAAUGGAAACAAAUGGCACAGAAAUUCUUUACAGAAAAAGUUUUUUUCUUUAUUGUUCUGUUCUAAUAAACAAAACCCCUAUUAAAUCAAUUCUUAACAGGUUGAAUGCAUUAAUUAGAGAUAUCCCUAACUCGUCCGUUGUUCCAUGCAUUUGGCUCUGAUGGGUUGGGUUCUCUCUCUUUUCUUAUCCUAAUCGACAUCUUAACCCACAUAUGCAAGUAAUUUCUGGAUUACUAUGGUUACUUGCUAUUGGGAUUUGAACCCCGGUCCUAUCUUGUGAGGAGUGGUGCCGCCAUCACAUCUCCCCAAUGUACCCACAAAUUAAAGGCAAUUUGUGAAAUAUUUUGAAAAAUAAUAGUUUCACUAAUCCUUGUAAUAAUCAUCAAAUAAAAAUACAAGAUCGAAAAAAAAUAAUUGCAAAUCGUCCUUAACGUGCAGCAAUUGUUCGAUUUCAAUGUGUCCGGAUUGCCGUUUGAGGCACUGUAUUUGUCCGAUUUCGGAACGUUGCGCGCUGACUGUGUUGAUGAGUAGCCGAUACUACUGCGGUAAGUUAUUUUCAACGAGUUCAAAAAACCGUUAUCUUCCAAAUUCUCAUCGGGUUAGCUAACCUCAGGAAAGGAAUAUUGAUAAAAGUAAGGAAGCAUAAAAAGUAGUUCAGAACUCACCAGUUUUAACAAUUUAUUCGUUUGGGUGCCCUUCAUUAGUGCUGUAACGAGUAGAUUUUACACACUACAACAUCACAUACCAAGUCUCCGGCAAACGGUUGCUAAGCAACGUAAAGCCGGCACCAGGCUACAGGACGAUAUAUAACGCUAUUGUCGCUCUAUCGGACGCUUUUAGCAACGACAAUCUUGCUAUCGACAAAAUCUGCUUGGGUGACUAGGUUAUAAUCGUUAUCUCACAAACGGUGUAUCCGAAGUUCGUAUACAAUAUGGCAGAACUUGCUCUAUCGCAACAGCCGUGUGCUUUGGCGAAGUCGCAAGGUUCGCCACAACCAAACGAACCUUUCACCGUCAACGAUCUUGAUCCGACGAUUCGAGAAGCAUUCCCCAAGCUGAAAGCCUUCAAUAAGAUACAGCUGGCAGUCGCUAAAACCGUUAUGCAAACAGACGAUUCAAUCGUCGUUAACGCACCCACCGGUUCAGGCAAGACCGUGAUCCUUGAGCUUGCCAUGACUAAGCUUGCCCGGGAAGCAAGAGACAGCGCGUUCCGAAUCCUGUACCUAGCGCCGACACGUUCGCUCUGUGCGGAAAAGUUUCAAGACUGGAAGGUACGCUUCGCUCCUCUCGGCAUAAGUUGCAUUCAGUUCGAUGGCGAUAACGCGGUCGAGGAUGUUGGCAAGCUCAAUAGCCAUCGGCUUAUUUUAAGCACACCAGAAAAAUGGGAAGUUUUCACGCGGCACUGGGAUGAUCAGAAUGUGGGAUCCGUACUACGUGCCAUCCGGUUGCUUUUGAUUGACGAAAUUCAAAUCAUCAGUGAUAGCGAACGGGGUUCGAAUCUGGAGCUGGUAGUGUCCCGCAUGAAGUACAUCGAUUCAAGGCUCCGUAGAGAGCAACCAAACAUUAGCGACGUACCGGAAUCUAUUCGAUUCAUUGCCGUUUCUGCCUGUAUCCCCAAUGUGGAUGAUUUUGCAGCGUGGCUCAAAAACGACCGAAACGUGGUUCCGUUCUCGUUCGAUGAAACUAACCGGACGACGAAAAUCGAGCGCCAUGUGCUAAACUUUCCUAGUGCUUCGAAUCCGUAUAGGUUCGAAAUGAAUCUCAACUACAAACUGCCGGCGAUCAUUGAUCAAUAUUCGCGCCAGAAACCAACCCUGGUCUUUUGUAUGUCACGUAAAAGCGUAGAAUCGACCGCAAAAUUUCUUGCCCGAUCGAACCUAAAGCGAAGCAUUCCGGUAGAACCAACGCUUAACGAACUGGCAGACAAUUUGGCAAACAGAAGCUUGCAGGAGUGUGUCACGAAAGGUGUCGCUUACCAUCAUGCCGGUUUGCUGCACAACGAUCGUAACCAGAUCGAAAACCACUUCCGCGCCGGACAUAUAGCUGUCCUUUGCUGUACCAGCACCCUCUGCAUGGGUGUCAAUCUGCCCGCUUACCUGGUGAUUAUCAAGUCCACGUUUAACCACGUGGGCAAGGAUUACACCGACAACUACAUCCUGCAGAUGAUCGGCCGUGCCGGACGAGCCGAGUACAACGAGGCUGGUGUAGCGGUCAUACUGACGACGGACGCGAAUCUGGCACGUUAUCGAAAGAUUGUUACCGAAACGAUCCCGAUCGAGUCGCAGCUGCGGAAGAAGCUUCCGGAGCUACUAAACUCCGAGAUAGCUCACGGCAUCAUAUACGACCAGCCGGCCGUCAUGGAAUGGAUAAGGUCCACCUUUUUCUACAUUCGUGCCCGGCGGAACCCACCACACUAUCAGCUGUCCGGCGGGCGGCUUAUCGAAGAGGAGAUCGAAAAGCUUUGCAACGAUACGAUAGAAUCGCUCGAAGCGAACGAAUUGAUAGUAAGGCAACGGUCCAAUACGAUCGCUCCAUCGGUCUGCGGCCGAUUGAUGGCACGCAAUCAACUAUCCUUUCAAACGAUGAAACUGCUUCAGCAGGAUAUGAACGGUAAGGAAACGCUGGACGAGAUGCUUGUCCUCAUCACACGAGCCCACGAAUUCGCUGAGUACAAGUGUCGCCAAGGGGAGAAAAAGAUUCUCAACACCCUUAACGGGCCAACGAUCUCUACUUCGUUCUGUGAUGGAGGGGACGACCUGGCCACUGGGGUACGGUUCCGCUGGCCUCGACGCAUCAGUACGACCGGUGCGAAGGUCUACUGCUUGGUGCAGGCGAUAUUCGGCAAUCUAACCAUUCCCGAUCACGGUUUGCAUCAGGAAGCGGCCAAAAUCGUGACCCUUGGAGCACGAAUCGCUCGUUUCGUGGUCGGGCUGCUAACCGCCAACCGGGAUCAAUUCGAAUCCGGCUGCUUGCGAGCGCUCGUCAGCGUGACCACAUUGUUGCAAUGCUUCCACACAAAGCUCUGGGAGGACAGCCCGUUCCUCACCAAGCAGCUCGGACAAAUCGGACCAAAGCUCGCGCGUCAUUUGGCGGAUCGUGGCAAGGUUACGUUCAAAGCCUUGCGCAAUUCUGAUCCUCGCGAAAUUGAGUGCAUCCUGAAAAAGCAGCCACCGUUCGGUAACGAUAUCUUAAGCUUCGUUGGAGGUUUACCUGAGUUUACAAUCGAACUGAAGAAGAACGCAACAGAUCCGCCCACUUUCACAUGUACUGUCGGGCAGAGCAACGUGGACUACGAUCCGGAAGUUUCGGUAAGCUUCAGUAUUUUGGUAGGUGAUUCGGCUAACCGCGUCCUACUGCAUCUGGACAACUGUACCGUGGAAAACAUACCCGUGAUGGGUUGUACAUGGCCGUUGACGGUAAAGGACAGCUCUGUCGAAUCGCUAUCCGCCUACCUUAUCUGCCAGAACUGGACAGGGCUGGACUGUUCGCAUGUGUUAUGGCUAGUGGAGCCACCGGCCAUUAUCAAACAUCGGCAAACUGCUAUAACGCACUUCUUUCCAAACACUUCCGCCAACGAAACACACCUGGCAAACCAAACAUUUUGCACCGAGAAGCUUGCGGUGCCUUCGGCACUAGAAUUAUCCCGCAUGCGAUUGAAUGUUUCCCACGCUAAUGAAUCGUCGUUCCAUCCGGUACUGAAACAGUCCACCCUAAACAUGUCCGGUUAUACAACGAACACUUCCAAACGAAACGAAUCGACCACCAGUGUUACGAACGUUAGUAGAACAACCGGUAAGCGAUGUGAAGUUCCUGACAUGGCCGAGAAGCCUCUUCGUUCCAUUUUGAAACCAGCUCCGUGUGUAGUUCCCAACAAACCGCAAGCUAUUGCACCGCUAAACAUUUCCGUGAGCACAACUAUUGGACAGCAUCCCACCCGCCUCCAAACGACAGAUAAAUCCUCAACGCCAGUGGAGUUAUUCCGGCAGGAUGAGAUUCAGUACAUCUUUCAGCCGGAAAAGUGCUCGCUAAAUUUCACACUCUGCAGCCCGGUUGACGAUAUUGUGGAGUGCUUCAAGAAGCAUAUCUUAUUUGUGGCCGAUCGUACAAUCAUCCCCGCACUGCCGACCAACCCUCCCACAGCUGAUAAAGUGGAGCGAAAAAAGAAAAACUUUGAUCUAGGGUCUGCCCGUGAUGUGAUUUGCUCCGAUGACGAGCACUAAUUUAGUAAUUUACUAUUUCGCUUAGUUA